GGAGCCCAUGGGGGGGGUGGGAGGACCCCAAUGCAUUGUGGGGUGCUGGAGGACCCGGGGUGGGAGGACCCCGUGGGAUGGUGGGAGGACCCCAAUGCAUUGUGGGGUGCUGGAGGACCCGGGGUGGGAGGACCCCGUGGGAUGGUGAGAGGACCCCAAUGCAUUGUGGGGUGCUGGAGGUCCCCAGUGCAUUGUGGGAUGGUGGAGGACCCGGGGUGGGAGGACUGCAUGGGAUGGUGGGAGGACCCUAAUGCACUGUGGGAUGCUGGAGGACCCCAAUGCAUUGUGGGGUGCUGGAGGACCCCAAUGCAUUGUGGGAUGCUGGAGGACCGAGGAUGGAAGGACUGCAAUGCAUUGUGGGGUGGUGAAGGACCCAUGGGAUUGUGGGAUGGUGGAGGACUUGCGGUGGGAGGACCCCAAUGCAUUGUGGGGUGCUGGAGGACCCCAAUGCAUUGUGGGGUGCUGGAGGACCCGGGGUGGGAGGACCGCAAUGCAUUGUGGGGUGGUGGGAGGAUCCCAAUGCAUUGUGGGGUGAUGGAGGACCCAUGGGAUUGUGGGAUGGUGGGAGGACCCCAAUGCACUGUGGGAUGCUGGAGGACCCCAAUGCAUUGUGGGGUGCUGGAGGUCCCCAAUGCAUUGUGGGAUGGUGGAGGACCAGGGGUGGGAGGACUGCAAUGCACUGUGGGAUGCUGGAGGACUUGGGGUGGGAUGACCACAAUGCAUUGUGGGAUGCUGGAGGACCCCAAUGCAUUGUGGGGUGCUGGAGAACCUGAGGUGGGAGGACCCCGUGGGAUUGUGGGGUGGUGGGAGGACCCCGUUGCAUUGUGGGAUGCUGGAGGACCAGGGGUGGGAGGACCGCAAUGUACUGUGGGAUGCUGGAGGACUUGGGGUGGGAUGACCACAAUGCAUUGUGGGAUGCUGGAGGACCCCAAUGCGUUUUCGGGUAGACGAAGGGGAAGAGUCCCUAAAAAAUCUUUAGGGGUCCCCCCAAAUCUCUAAAAUUCUGAGAUGGUGUCCCCAAAAUGGGUGAGAGGUGCCCCCAAAUUGCCCUUUGGGGGAGGGUGGGGGGUCCCUUCCCCCCCCCCCUCGCUGACCCCACCAUCCCCCCAC